GCGGCCGAGCGGGGUCAGUUCUCGGGAGCGCUCGCCAAUGUGGAGCCGUCUGCCGGGCGGCCGCAGCCCGCAGUGUUUUGGAGCCGUGAGGGAUACAGCAGUUUGAUCAGUAUUGUCUUAACAUGCUUCAAAUAAAUCAGCUUCUCUCCACGAUAAAAUGGCAAACCCCAAAGAGAAAACUCCAAUGUGUCUGGUAAAUGAGUUAGCCCGUUUCCAUAGCAUCCAACCCCAGUAUAAGCUUCUGAGUGAAAGCGGGCCUGCUCAUUCCAAGAUGUUCUCGGUGCAGCUGAGUCUUGGCGAGCAGACAUGGGAGUCCGAAGGGAGCAGUAUAAAGAAGGCCCAACAGGCUGUUGCUAAUAAAGCUUUGACGGAAUCUACGCUUCCCAAACCAGUUCAGAAACCACCCAAAAGUAAUGUCAAUAAUAACCCAGGUAGCAUAACUCCAACUGUGGAACUGAAUGGGCUUGCUAUGAAAAGGGGAGAGCCUGCCAUCUACAGGCCAUUAGAUCCAAAGCCAUUUCCAAACUAUAGAGCUAAUUACAACUUCCGCGGCAUGUACAAUCAGAGGUAUCAUUGCCCAAUGCCGAAGAUUUUUUAUGUUCAAUUGACUGUAGGAAAUAAUGAAUUCUUUGGUGAAGGGAAGACUCGACAAGCUGCCAGACAUAAUGCUGCAAUGAAAGCCCUUCAAGCACUGCAGAACGAACCUAUUCCAGAAAAGUCUCCCCAGAAUGGUGAAUCAGGAAAAGAAAUGGAUGAUGACAAAGAUGCAAAUAAAUCUGAAAUAAGCUUAGUGUUUGAAAUUGCUCUGAAGAGAAAUAUGCCCGUCAGUUUUGAGGUUAUUAAAGAAAGUGGACCCCCUCAUAUGAAGAGUUUUGUUACCCGGGUGUCAGUGGGAGAAUUUUCUGCAGAAGGAGAGGGAAAUAGCAAAAAGCUGUCCAAGAAGCGUGCGGCAACCACUGUCUUACAGGAGCUUAAAAAACUCCCACCUCUUCCUGUGGUAGAAAAGCCAAAACUAUUUUUUAAGAAACGCCCUAAAACAAUAGUAAAGGCUGGCCCUGAGUACGGACAAGGAAUGAACCCCAUCAGCCGCCUGGCCCAAAUCCAGCAGGCCAGAAAGGAGAAGGAGCCUGAUUACGUCUUACUUUCGGAACGAGGGAUGCCUCGCCGUCGAGAGUUUGUGAUGCAGGUCAAGGUGGGCAAUGAAGUCGCUACUGGAACAGGACCUAAUAAAAAGAUAGCCAAAAAGAACGCUGCAGAAGCGAUGCUGUUACAGCUUGGCUAUAAAGCAUCCACUAGCCUCCAGGAUCAGCUCGACAAGACAGGGGAAAACAAAGGAUGGAGUGGUCCAAAGGCUGGAUUUUCUGAACCAACAAACAACACUCCAAAAGGAAUCCUUCAUCUUUCUCCUGACGUUUAUCAAGAGAUGGAAGCCAGCCGCCACAGAGUGACCUCUGGCACGACUCUAGGCUACCUGUCACCCAAAGAUAUGAACCAACCUUCAAGUUCUUUCUUCAGCAUGUCUCCCUCAUCGGCUAGUUCAGCCACAGUUGCCAGGGAACUCCUUAUGAGUGGAACAUCUCCUACAGCUGAAGCCAUAGGUUUAAAAGGAAGUUCUCCUACUCCCCCUUGUUCUCCAGUACAGCCUUCAAAACAACUGGAAUAUUUAGCAAGGAUUCAAGGCUUUCAGGCAGCUCUAAGUGCCUUGAAACAGUUUUCUGAACAAGGACUGGAAUCAAUCGAAGGGGCAGUGAAUGCUGAAAAAGGUUCCCUUGAAAAACAAGCCAAGCACCUACGAGAGAAAGCCGACAAUAACCAGGCGAACCCGGGCUCCAUCACUCAGGACUGCAAGAAAUCAAAGUCGGCCAUCUAGCAGUUCCCAGAACCCACGGCUGCCACCGCGUCCUUAUAAAGCUGUCAGCACGCAUGAGGGUGUCUGUGUUCAAGGAAAUGAAUGACUAGUACCAUUGUCUGAGUCUUAUGUGUGUGAAGACAACACUGUUCUAACACAAGGAUAAUGUACAUGGUACUGUUUGUUCAACUGGGGGAAAAUAAGACUCUGAGCAUUUCCCUUGGAACUUGAGAUCAGAUCAUAACUCCUUUGCCCGGAGGCAGCAGAGAUCUGAUCCCACUACCGGAGCUUAAAAAUAACCAUUAAUGAAACGUGUAAGAAACAAGGCUAAAGUCUUGAAAUGAUUCAUAGCCGAGUUUGGGUUGGGUUCUGUCCUUAACGGUUGUUUUGUCGUGGCGAUUGUGUCGUUAUACUCUCUCGUUUGAAAUAAUGCUUGACAAUUCAGAAAUUAACCAAUGAUGUGCUGUGGAAUGUGAUGGUUGUCUUCAUAUAGUCGCACAGUUUCUCCUCUUAGGCAGAUAUUUGUAAUCUUCAUCUUGCAAACACACACGCACACGCAUACACACAUGCAUAUAUGAAUUACUUUAAGGUGCAUUGCACAAAGAUGGAUGCAAAUAACUGUGUCGAGAUCGGAUCAGAUGAUUGACUUAAAAUAUAAAAUAAUGCUAGGAACAAGUAGUUUCCAUGUCUUUCGGGACUUUUAAAAGGACAAAAUGAAACAAAACAAGCAGUUGUGGGUUUUGCGCUACAUGACGCCGCCGUGAGCCAUCGAGGGGGCGUCUUGCCUCUGCACGUCCACCCUGUCGUGGGGAUUGUGCCCACCCCCAUCCGUGUGUUGUAGUGGCUCACGGUUUGCACCCAGUGUCUUCAGUAACUGCCUCUGGACUCAGGACAGUGAGUAGGAUCAAGAUAAACACUGUACAUGGUGGGGACGGGAAAGCUUGUUGAAGCGUCUAGCUAACCACGCUCUGGUCCAGCAUGUCGGAAUCCACCGUGGGGCAGAUGCAGUAAAGAUUUGGUCGGUUUCCGUAUGAGUUGUGCUUUCAUUCCCUCCCUCCCGCCUUUUAAAUGCCAGGGCUGUGAAACGUGAGGGGAAGGUCACCACCCAGCCUCGCUGUCCUGCCCAGCCGUGGAAUUAGAACUGGCUGUCUCUGUGAAACUGCAGGCAAGCCUCCUGGGUAACUGGGACCUGACUGACGAGGGCCUGGUCCAGCCAGCCACUGUCAUCGCAUUGUUCAGGCUUUCUCCUUAUUGAUUUGCAAACAUUGUGCAAUGAGAAAACACUAUAUGGUCUAACUGCUUGGCCCAACCUGACAAUAGGAGUAGAAUUAUGUAAGAUUUCACAAGCAAAACCACUACCCAUCAUGAUCUGGCUGACUCACACGCGACUGCAGGAUAAACAAACAGCACUAUAAGGAAAUAACUUCAGGGCUGCUGUUAAUGACUCCCAUGUGGGGAAGAAGUCUGCCGGCACGGGGAGGGCUGGGUGCCCUUGGAGGAAAUGGGCUUGGUUACAUAAGGCUGGGUCCCAGUGAAAAGAACAACACGUCUGUAAAGUUGGGGUUCUCAGAAGCGUUUCUUUGGGCACAGUUCUGCUGCCUAAUAAGGACACGGGGCCCCCUAACUCAUUCCCUUGGCAGCAGGUAGGCCCUUGACUUUGCUAGGGCAUUGUCCCUGUGGCUUCAGCACCUGGAUGGGGUGAGGGGCCCCCAUGAGGACUUCCUGCAGGGCCACCGAAGCAUGGUGCUCCCUGCACAAUAAACACUGCUGCCUUCUACAGAAAGAGUGAGCUGGGCAGGACUGUGGGAAGGUGACAAGCUCAAGUGACACAGAACUCCUCAGUUCUCAUGGCCCAGGUAUCUGAAGCAUUUGACCAGAGCUGUCUCACAAGGAGUCGCCCCAGGCUGAAUCAUGACCAAGCCUACAGAGCAUAGUCAGUGAUGGUGGGAGACCGGCCAUUUGCAUACAUUUUAAUUCCUCAUCCAAAUCCUGCACCCUCUACCUUCUAGAACUGCCCAGGAAGAGGCUCUGAAGUAUGUUCCUGGAACAGUGGCACUUCCUGUACAUCUUUUGAUUUUUCUUUCUUUUCCUUUUUUCUUCCCCCAGCUGAAUUACCAGGGCCUGCAUUGGCAAGGCCUGCGGCAGUGCUCAGCUCCACCGCGCAAUGUUAUAUAUCACUAGAAGGGAAACCAUUAAGUAGAUUUAUUGAGAGAAUGUUUCUUCAGCACAAGGAGAUCUUUUUGAUGAAAAAUGGAACUCAUUAUUCUUUAAAGGCCGCAGAUUGACUUAUCUCCUUUAUCAAUUACGGUGUCUGCUUUCAGCUUGUCUCAAUCAGCCCAGAGCUCUGCAGU